AAAAAUGGCAAAAGUGUUUUGGUUUCAUUAUGGGUCCGGCUUUUGAAUGGAGCUGAAGGUGCUGAUGAGAAUGUCGCAGUUGCGGUUGCUGAGCCCGUUAUUCGAGCUGAUGCUGUUUUGCAACUCGGAGCCGAAGGAAAGAUUGUAUGGUUUGACCCUGUAGCCCGCGAAAUUUUCGACCUCUCCGAAGACCACCUGAACGAAAUGGACGCCACAACACUUUUACCCAAGCUCAGCAUCUCGUCCGAAAUGCCUUCGGAUCUCGACUGUAGUCUCAACCAUCAGUCCCUGGUUGCCAGAGGUGUCGAUGGUCUCGGAACGUUUCCCGUGACAGUGACAACGUUUGAGUCGUCUGACUUGGCAACCAUGUGCGAAAUGGCUGCCCCGCAAGCCGAAGAAUUCCUGCCUGCGGAUUUUGAUUUCGAGCGUGGAACCCACGUUGUGGUUGUGUCGAUUUAUGGGAACCUCAGUGGGCUAGUGUUGGUGGAUGAGGAUGGGAAAAUUGUGGAUGUGAACCCGAGUUUCGCGCUGCUCACUUUUGGGUGGAACCGGGCUGCCGUAGUUGGUCAGAGUGUCAAAGUUAUGCUGCCAACUUUCUAUCGGGAUUGCGAAGUGGAUGAAUCAGAUUCAAUGCCAUUGCCUCCGAUGGAUGACAUGAAGAUACCUCUGGAAUCGACCCCGAAAGCUGGAAGACAGCGUCCGGAAUCUGGGAUAGGAAGAGAUGAAGAUAGACGAUUCGUGGACGGCACUUAUUCCGGCACCGGAUUGCAUUCGGAUGGGUCUAAAAUCAAUGUGGUUUACCACGUGCAGUUCGCCAAGGGCAACAAUAAUAUGGAGGGAUCGGAGUCGACCAAAGACGUGUACUGCGUUUGGAUUUCAACAGCAACUGAGAUUUCCUCGGCUGGGCUGAGUGAGUCCAUGAGAAAAGUCCGUGGCCUGAAUUCGAGCUCGUUGAAUGCCUCAAUUGCAAACACGACGACUGAAUCGACUAGGAAUCAGCUCAACUUCGGUCAUUAUUUGCUGUCGGCAAGAAAACAGCGAUGGAGCGCAGCAGCGACAGAAGAGGACUACAAUGAGACUGAAGGAGACACUGCAAAGCUCAAGAUGUGGGACAACAACGACCUCAAUGACGAAUCAUUCGGCGAUGACAAGGAUCUUGUUGCCGGGGCUUAUUCCAAACGCUAUUCUGUGUUGGAGUCCAUUGGCAAAGGGGCCUUUGGUUGCGUGAAGCUCGCGUCUCGGAUAGGUUCGGAUUCCGAGGAGGUUUUUGUGACCAAAUUCAUCACCAAGUCCCAAGUGCAUCCGUCUUGCAGAGUUCAAGUCGGGGAUGUGAAGCAGAAACUGGGGCUGAAAGCCUUGGACUCGACCUGGGUUCCUGCUGAAUUCGCCAAGGGCAACAAUAAUAUGGAGGGAUCGGAGUCGACCAAAGACGUGUACUGCGUUUGGAUUUCAACAGCAACUGAGAUUUCCUCGGCUGGGCUGAGUGAGUCCAUGAGAAAAGUCCGUGGCCUGAAUUCGAGCUCGUUGAAUGCCUCAAUUGCAAACACGACGACUGAAUCGACUAGGAAUCAGCUCAACUUCGGUCAUUAUUUGCUGUCGGCAAGAAAACAGCGAUGGAGCGCAGCAGCGACAGAAGAGGACUACAAUGAGACUGAAGGAGACACUGCAAAGCUCAAGAUGUGGGACAACAACGACCUCAAUGACGAAUCAUUCGGCGAUGACAAGGAUCUUGUUGCCGGGGCUUAUUCCAAACGCUAUUCUGUGUUGGAGUCCAUUGGCAAAGGGGCCUUUGGUUGCGUGAAGCUCGCGUCUCGGAUAGGUUCGGAUUCCGAGGAGGUUUUUGUGACCAAAUUCAUCACCAAGUCCCAAGUGCAUCCGUCUUGCAGAGUUCAAGUCGGGGAUGUGAAGCAGAAACUGGGGCUGAAAGCCUUGGACUCGACCUGGGUUCCUGCUGAAGUGGAUUUUCUCCUGGCCCUGAAUCAUACGAAUAUUGUGAAAGCUGUGGAGGUUUUCUGCAAUGAAAAGUAUUUUCAACUGGUGAUGAGGCGUCAUGGGAAAUGCAUCAUCGACCUGUUUGAUUUCAUCGAGAGGCGAAGACCCGAGCAAAUGCCCGAGGACUUGGCUCAUCACAUCUUCGUCCAGAUCGCAGAUGCGCUGCGGUAUUUGCAUGAGGAAGAAAAGAUCGUACACAGAGACAUCAAGGAUGAGAAUAUUAUAUUGAAUGAACGGUUCGACGCUCAGUUGAUUGAUUUUGGAUCAGCUGCCUACUUGCCCUCGGAGAAAAAGGGAUCCAGGAAGGGAUCUUCAUCUCUUUUUUAUACCUUUUGUGGCACUUAUCAAUACUGCUCACCUGAGGUCAUUCUAGGGAAUGCGUACCGUGGACCAGAGUUGGAGUUGUGGAGCCUGGGAGUGACAUUGUACACCAUGAUGUACAAGGAUAAUCCCUUCUCAUCCCGACUUCUCUAA